AUUGGAUUCAAAGUGGCUGGUGCCAAAAAGCGCAGAGAGGCGCAGGAGCUCCAGACGCGGGAGGAGGACGCGGCGGUCCGCUGCGCUCUAAAUACGGUCAGACGGCCGAGAGGCACUUUUAGCUUUUUACCGAGAGCUUAUUAGAAGAGUGUGAGGCGGAAUAAGGCGCAGCUGAUAUCCCCGGAGCGUUUCGCGUGCGCAACUGCAGCACGGCAACUUCAGAAACAUCAAGCAGAACAAGUUCUCCAAAAUCUGAGCACCAUGGCAUCGGUCCCCAGCAGCCAAGUCAAAUGCAAGUUCAAGAGGAGGAGGAGGAGGAGGUCCAAGCGAAAAGAGAAAAUGAACAUGUUGUCUGCACUGAUUGCCCCCUACAAGUACAUGAGCCCAGCAGCCAAUUGCACAGAAGACGAGGACACAUUGAGCACCAGCAGUGCUGAAGUCAAGGAGAACCGCAAUACAGGAAAUUUGGAAGAUUGCGCUAUUGUUCCAUCAGACUGCCAAACGCUCUUCCUGUCCGAUGCGCCAAGGGAUGGGACGCCUGGCCUCAAGCGAAAGCGACCUUUAGAGGAGGACAAUAACGGACACUUACGCAAAUUGCGUCUGUACUGCAAGAAACUGGCAUGGUCUGAUGCACCAAAGAACGCUCUGGUCCAGUUGAACGAGCUGAGACCGGGUCUACAGUACCGGAUGGUCUCUCAAACAGGACCGGUGCACGCCCCUCUCUUUUCCAUCGCCGUGGAAGUCAACGGACUCACGUUUGAGGGCACUGGCCCAACAAAGAAAAAGGCUAAAAUGAAGGCAGCAGAGAUGGCCCUGAAGUCUUUUAUUCAGUUUCCCAAUGCCUCGCAAGCUCAUUUGGCCAUGGGCGGCCUGAGCAACCCCGCGGCCGACUUCACCUCGGAUCAGGCCGACUUCCCGGACACGCUGUUCAAAGGCUUCGAGCCUGAUGGCUGCCGCUCUGCCGAGAGCGAGUUGCUAUCUAGCGCCCUUCGUUUGCGCCACACGUUGGACUUGAUGGUGGUGCAGGCCAGGCAAGGAGAUCCCUGCCUUCCCCCACCUCCAGUUCCCACCACCCAGCCCAGCCCCGUUGUCCUGCUCAACGACCUGCGGCCCGGCCUAAGAUACGCCUGCCUGUCGGAGCGUGUCCAGGGCAAACGGGCGCACCGCAGCUUCGUCAUGGCCGUUCGAGUGGAUGGCAGGAUAUUCGAGGGCUCAGGUCGCAGUAAGAAGCAGGCGAAGAGGCAGGCGGCUCUGUGUGCCCUGCAGGCACUCUUCAACUUCAGGCUGGCACCUGAGGCGAGAGUGGGACACCGGCCCAGUAGGAUCAAAUGCCCUCAUUUGCCCCAGGAUUUUGCGGAUGCGAUAUUCCACCUGGUGCGGGAGAAAUACACGGAGCUGGCCGGCUGCUCGUCGCUGCUGCACGCGCGUCACAAAGGCCUGGCGGGCAUCGUCAUGACCAGAGGUCUGGAUCUGAGACAGGCCCAAGUGGUGGCGCUGUCGACCGGCACUAAAUGCAUUAACGGAGAGUACAUCAGUGACCAGGGCCUGGUGGUCAACGACUGUCACGCUGAAAUCACCACCAGACGAGCCCUGCUGCGCUUCCUGUACUCCCAGCUAGAGUUACACCUCAGCAAAAGGAAAGAGGACUGGGAGCAAUCGAUCUUCGUGCGGCACAAAGAUUCCUGUUUGAGACUCCGAGAGAACGUCCUCUUCCACAUGUACAUCAGUACGUCGCCCUGCGGGGACGGCCGUGUCAACUCGCCGUAUGAAAUUACCUCCGAUUUGCACAGCAACAGACACCUGGUGAAGAAGUUUCACAGCCAUCUACGGACAAAGAUCGAAUCCGGGGAGGGUACGCUGCCCGUGAAGUCCACGGGGCCCGUGCAGACGUGGGACGGAGUCCUUCAAGGAGAACGUCUCAUCACCAUGUCAUGCACAGACAAGAUUUCCAGGUGGAAUGUGCUCGGCCUACAGGGGGCGCUACUUAGCCAUUUUGUGGAGCCGGUGUAUCUGUAUAGCCUGACGGUGGGCAGCUUGAGACACACGGGUCACUUCUCCAGGAUGAUGAACCACAGGUUGGAGAGAGUCGGUCCUCUGCCUACCUGCUACAACCGUAACCAGCCUCUACUGAGCGGCCUGAGCAACAGCGACUGCAGGCAGCAGGGGAAGUCUGUGUGUUACAGCGUCAAUUGGACGGCAGGUGACACCCAACUGGAGGUGCUUAACGCGUCUACUGGGAAGAGAAGAGACUCGGGGGCUCCGUCGAGAAUUUGCAAGCAUGCACUUUUUGCACGUUGGAUCAGACUCUAUCGCAAGCUGGUGGUCCGUGGGGCGAGUGGUACGCCGCUGUACUGUGAAGCGAAGCAGGCGGCCGGCACCUACCAGACUGUGAAGCUGCAGUGGUUGAAGGGUCUACAGGAAGCAGGAUUAGGGACCUGGGUCAGAAAACCUCCUGAGCAGGAAAACUUCACUCUGACUGUAUGAGUGCGGAAGUCACCAAAACCACCUUCACCUUGCAACCAGUCACCACAGAAGCCCUUUCUCACCCUACAACAUCCCACUGCCAAAAAAUCUCCACUGGGAGAUGACUAGAGUCAUGACUAGUUGGUAAACCUUGUUCUGUCAAACUCUUGCAAAAUGUUGCUACCAAGGUAAGGAUGAUGCACGGAAGAAUUUUGUACCUUGCCUUUCAUGGCUUCUGUAGGGAAGGGUGCGAUUUAGUGUUUUUUUUCCAGACUAGUAAAGCACAAACCGCUGCCGAUUCUAUUGAUUUCAUUGGUUUUGUCAGUCACAAUGCUGAAUACUAACCCGUAACCCGAACCUGAGUAACUUAGCAUUGGAAGCACAUCCCCAAUUGAUAUCAUUACGAUUUGUUGCAAUUAAAUCUCUUCCAAAAGUCUGGACUUUGUAAUAGGGAUGAUCAAUGACACAGACUGAGGGGAGAGAUUUGCCCUUAACUGAUAAAGGAAAAAAAAUCAUGUUUACAGUUAGUGUUCCAACAUUUUGAAAGAUCCUAUACCCCAACGUUUGAUUAAAACUUAGAACAGUGUACCACCUUGUUCUAGCUAGUUCAAAAUUCCAACCACUGAGUGCUAUGCUAAGCUAAAGUAAAUUCAAGUAAAAUACAGUAAAUUCAACAAACUGAUUUUCUAGCAUUUGUAAUAAGGCUCAGAACUGAAUACUCUAAAGAGAAUAGGAUCUUACGUGAAAGCAAUAGAUUGCACUGCUAUAUUUGUCAACCGUUAUGUUUAAUAUAGAAUCGUCCCAUAUUUAAGGCAUCGAAGAAGCAAGAAUACAUUGUAUAAAAGUUAUCAACUGAUAAUUCAAUCUUCGCACAAAUCACUGUUUAAAUUGCAAUUAGUACAAGAUCGUGCAGAACUUGCGUCUGGUCACUUCCGCUUCACAACUAACAUUUUAAUUCAAGUUUAUUUCUAUACUGCUUCUCACAGUACAUAUUGGUGCAGUUUUACAGAAAAUAUUUCUACAUUAUAUUCGGGAAUAGGUCGAAUAUAAUGUAGAAACUUUUACCGCAAUGAUUGUUUUACAAUUAAAUUAACAAUUUUGUUUCAUCAUUCACGUUUUGAUUUUGGCAAACGCAAACAAUGCAAUUAUUUCUUAUAAGCACAACAUCCAGCUAAGCAAGAGAACAUGCAGUCUACCUGACAGAAAAUUGAUUUCUAUGUCAAUAUUGUUAAAUAGAGCAAAACAUUUUUAUCAUUUAAAAUGUUAGCGCGGCUCAACUUCAAGCACAAAUUCAAGCACCAAAAACAUCCUGCACUUUUUAAAUUCUCUUUAAUUGAAAAGUAUUAAUUUUCAUUGAUUCAGGCUACAUGGUUGCAAUAACAUUUUAGUUCAAAAAUUUAGUGCCAUUGUUUAAUAGAUAUUUUGCAGAUGUUCAAUUCAAGUUUUGUAUGCAAGUAAUUUCACAGUAAAUAGUACACAUUUCGACAGAACAUUCUUGCAACGAGCUCCAGAAGCCUCUGGACUACCUUCGUGCUAAAGGUAUUGCAGAGGCUUCUGGAGCUCGUUGCAUAAAUCAAAAUUGCCUUGUCCUCUUUUGUAACAAUCCCAAGAUUUCUCUGCCCUACACCGUAAGUUACAGUGGCCACAUUCAGAAUCGAUCAUGCAUUACUGUCCAUCGAGCAGUCUAUUAUUACACGCCAAUUAUCGCAAAAUAAUUUGGAUUUGUCCAUCAGUAUAUAAAAACCAAAAACAUGGAAGGUUAGGGGGUGCUUUGCUCUGGGAAACAAUGAAAGUAGCUUUCACAAGACUUUUGGCAGAACAAGGGUUACCAGCUACGGAAUCGACACCAAGGGGAAAUGUGAGAAACGGGGACAAUUUUCUCACAACACAGCACAUGGAAAGAUGGUCACCUCUCUUUCUCUCUCCACUGAUGGCUCUCCUGUAGCCGUCAUUCAAACGUGUGUAUGUGUGUUAACCUUCGCCAAAGUGAAAGGCAGCCGCCGUCUUGUCAUUAUCUGCCCGUUUCCGGAUGGCCUGCCCCUGAAGAGCUCCGACACGCUGUCCAAUUAGAGGUCCUGUCAGAGUGAUGCGUCCCUCAUUUUCCUCUCUCUCCUUUGCCUUUGGUUCAUUGGUACAACUUCAAAAUGGGGGAAGAAGGAACGAGAAAACAGUAGGGGUUGACAUUGCAAAGACAGGUUAAUUCAGCUCCAUUUUGGGUGUGCAGGUUAGAGGUAAUGGUGACAAGCUAAAUGUAAAUGGUGCCAUUACGACACCCCAGUCUCAUGCUGUUUUUUGAGCAGGGACAGCUUGCUGCUUUAAUACCUCAAUCCCGCUCACCGGUGACGUGUCAUUUCUCCGCUGGAUUCUCUUUGUGUGUCAGCGCUGUAUCUUUACACACGGUGUUCUGGGCAGAGACCUGCGUGAAAAGAAAGGGAAACGCCGGCGGUUUGAUGUAGGCACAAAAGCCGGAAAGAAAAUGGUAGAGAUCGGUGAUUAUGGAGUAAUUUGUACUUAAUGGAUUCAUUUACAAACCAAGCACAUUACAAAUUGCUUCGUAAAGCCUGACCCGAUCCUUUAAACGCAUGCCACUUUAACCGAAGUUUAACCAAUGAUUCUCCAGCAUCCGUUUAUUUAAUUUACAUACAUCCCAAUCAUGUCUUUUUGAUUUAGAUGCUUUUCUGUGGUUUAGUACGCGUGCUUAAAUCUUGAAUUAUUUCAUCAAGUUAUCACUAUUUGUCUGUGAAGAUGUUUAUUGUUGUAUACAAUCAUAUUACUCCAUGAUUAUUAUAUUAUAAUUGACUCAAACAUUUUAAUGGUCGAUUCUUUUCUUGGCAUAGAUUAUCGCAUCACUCGUUACUGCUUUGAGUACAUUAUCACAGCACGUUUUUUCAUAAGCUUUCAGUAUGUAUUUUCAAAUGCCACUUUGUCAACCUUUGCUGAGAUGUCACGUAUCCACCCCUUUACAAACAGCUCAAGAUGUUACAGGGACACCUAGUGGUGGCAAAUAUAUUUGAGGUUUUCUCUGACCCCUGUUUAACGGCGUUAACAUCAUUUAUUGUUUGUGUUUUUUCCUUUUAUAAUGACUCCAUUCCAGCUUAAACGUGAUCAGUUUGUCUACUAAUAGAAAUAUGAAGUUGGUGAAACUGACAGAUCGAAAUAUGUAUUACCCAGCAUUACCUACCUUUUGACUUCUUUCCAUCAUCUGGGUUCAUUUUAUUCCCCAAAGGUUCAACUUCACAAUAUUCCAUAGUUAUUUCCACCACACAGGAAAACCCAGUUUGAAAUGGAUAUGAUCGGAAAGACUGUUAAUGCACGUAUGUCUUAUGUAUUUUUGUUUCACUUAUCUUUUUUUGGUCACCAUUUGUUUUGUCAUUACGACAGAAACAUGAAAAGCCCCAGACCAUACUACAUUUCAAGUAAUUCAGUCGUAUGGCAUGAUUGAAUGGCAAUAUUGUACUAAUGACUGUACAUUUUGUAAAAAUUUGUAAAAAAAAAAAAAAAAAAAAAAGAAAAAAUUAAAAGAAUACCUUAAAGAUAUCUCUCAAUAAAGUGUACAUUUUAACCCAGAAGCAUAUGCUGCUAAGGUGUGUACAUUGCACUUUGAGUUAAAAGUGAAUGUUUAUGUGAAUAAAAACAAAUGUUGUGUUA